AUGUCUUCGGCUCAAACUCGUCGCGGUGCGCCUAGUGCAGGAACCAAGGUCAAUCUAGGGAAAGACGCCCCCGUCACGCGCGAGGCUGCCGGCAGAGUCCCAGACGAUUCCCUAGCAGCCGAAUCAUACAGAGCCGGCGGUGAAUUCGCCAAGAACCGUGAUGCCGAGCCCGGAAAGGCUCCCGCCGGGGUCGACCCUUACUUGGAUGAGCGCAAUUCCAACGCUGAACCUGCGCCGUCAUACGUCAGCAGCCAAUACGUCAAGUAUAAAGGCGGCCCUCGGGGCAAGAAUCUGAAGGAGGGCGGGUUUGACCACCAAAAGGUACAGGAUGGCAUUCAAAAGGCAUUCAACUCGGAGCCCGGUUCGAUCGACGACCCGGGCAGGCUUGCCGAAGUCACCUUUGAGCAAUACGACGCAGCAACUCCGCGGAUGGCGGGGACGAGGGAUGUUGGUUUGAAGACGGGGACGGCAUAUGACGGCCUAGAUCGAGACGUUGAUGCCUAG